AUGGCUCACUCGUCAGACCCGUCCCGCAGGGAGAAGACCCCCGGGACCCAAGGGUCACACACGGCUACGCGCAACCUCUUACGGAAGAAGGAGCAGCGUCGGCGUGGAAUCCGAUCCUCCUCACCCAUGGGCCGGGUCAUCCUCAUCAACUCUCCUGUGGAUGGCGGCGAUGACAGCGAGGACUUACAUACGAUCACGGUGGAUAAAAGUGUGGACGGCAAGCUCGGCUUCAGCGUGCGUGGAGGCUCAGAGCACGGCCUCAGCAUCUUUGUCAGCAAGGUGGAGGACCACAGCACAGCAGAGGAAGCCGGCCUGCUUGUAGGAGAUAAGCUGGUGGAGGUGAAUGGCAUCAGCCUGGAGAGCAUCACGAUGAGCAGCGCUGUGAAGGUCCUGACAGGCAACAACAGGCUGAGGAUGGUGGUGAGACGCGUCGGCAAAGUCCCCGGCAUCCGCUACUCCAAGGAGAAGACGACCUGGGUGGACCUGAUACACAGGCGGAUGGUGGUGGAGGAGAGUGGACGGACACCUUCAGAGACCAGCUCAGGAAGCGCCCUCCAAAGGAUUGUCCACCUUUACACCACCUCAGACGACUACUGCCUGGGUUUCAACAUCCGAGGGGGGAAGGAGUUUGGUCUGGGCAUCUACGUCUCCAAACUGGACCCCGGUGGUCUGGCUGAGCAGAAUGGGAUAAAGAUGGGGGACCAGAUCCUGGCUGCCAACGGAGUGAGCUUUGAGGACAUCAGCCACAGCAGUGCUGUGGAGGUGCUGAAGAGCCACACGCACGUCAUGCUCACCAUCAAGGAAGCGGGACGAUACCCUGCUUAUAAGGAGAUGGUGGCAGAAUACAGGUGGCUCAAUAAGCUGGCCAACGGUACUCAGAAGUCUUCCUCCCAGGGUUCAGAGUCCAACUCCUCAGCCUCCUCGCUGUCGUCUGGGACUCCGGUCAGCUCUCUGAGCGGCCUGUCGCAGGUCAUGUUCCCUCCCAGCCUGCCGUUUGGUUCAGACAUGGUGGAUGUUUGCAUCUCGACUGAAGACCAGAGGUCUGAGUCGGAGCGAACCGAGACCGCCAUCCAGACGGACCUUCCCUCUCAGAGGACGGGCGCAGACACCACUCGCAGCCUGGGUCGGACCACGCUGCUCAGAGACACAGUGAUCCGUGCAGAGGACGCCAGAGGGAGGAAAGAGUCCCCCAAGACAGCCGUGCUGCUGGCUCUCAGCAGGCCGAGCCGACCAAUCAGCAGGUCCCAGAGUCAGGUCACCGUGGCAGAGAUCAAGCAGAAGAAAGAGAAGAAGCAGAAAGGGAAGGACCCGGAGGAGAAGAGCACCCUGCAGCGCUCCAAGACCUUCGUCAACUUGCUGUUCAAGGGUGGACGCAAGAGGGACGCCUCCAGGGGGCGCUCCAAGUCCCCGUCCACAGACAAGGCUGGUAAAGAGGGACGACAGGUCACCACGAUGCCAAAUUCAGAGAUGCUGGGAGUGGUGGAGGACAUGGCCCGCAGGCUGCUGACGGAGGAGGAGGUGGCUGCUGUGAUGAAGACGUGCCGAAGGUAUGUGGCAGAGCGGUCAGUGGAGAACUUGAUGCGCCACCUGCUGGUCGUGCUGGACAGACCUGAAAAGCUGCUGCUGCUGAGGGAAGUCAGGAUGCUGCUUCCUCCUCCUGACCUGAGUGCGUUCAAUAACUUGGUGACCCCCAUCGAAGUCGAGGCCUACGAUAUCCUCAAGUAUCGCUCAAUCCGAACUCCUCCUCUUCGCUCUCCCACAUCCGGUCGAGCACCCAAACGGCGCCUCAUCACUCCGAUCCCAGAUUACAGGGGAGGCUUUGAGCUCCACACCGCUGAGGAGGUGGAGAAGGAGAGCCACCUACUGGAAGAGCUGGAGAAGCUCAGUCUGUCUGGGCCCAGGGGGUCCAGGGAGAGGCUUCACACCCCUAGCUCCUUCACCCCGCUGCUGGACAUACCGGUGGACGGCUAUGACGCAGAGUCCAGAGGUCUCAGACCCCCCUCCACUAGAGCCAUGCUCCCCAACUGGCUGCUGGCCCGCAGCGAUGACUCCCGCCCUCCUCUCCGGACAGACAUCGGCACGAUUCGCUCCGUCCACUUUGACGAAGUUUCUCUGCACUCGUCGUCAGACAGAGGAGGGGCGCCGUGCAGGAACGGCCACUCCAAAAGCAAGAAGGAGAGAAGCGGAGGCAGGAGUCAAGACGGCGUGUUCACGCUGCAGAGCGCCGCUCGCAGGACUCGGCCCUCGUUGUCGCAGGUGUUCAGUCCAGAUCAGCAGGUGGGGACGGAGCAGAUGAACGGACAUCCGGCUCCAUCAGAGAACGGACUCAAGGGAUCAGACCCCGAACGGGAGUUCAAGCUCAAAACUGUCAGCAUCUCCAAGACCAAACAGUCACUGGGCAUCAGUAUAUCCGGCGGGAUGGAGUCGAAGGUUCAGCCGGUGGUGAAGAUCGAGAAGAUCUUUCCUGGAGGAGCUGCCUCCACCUGCGAAGUGCUCAAGGCUGGAUUUGAGUUGGUGUCUGUGGACGGCGUCUCCCUGCAGGGAGUUACCCAUCAGCAUGCUGUCGACAUCAUCCGAAAAGCCUUCAGCAACAAGGCCAAAGACCCCAUGGUGUUUGUGGUCAAAGUCCCAGAAAAGCUUUGAAAGCAGACUUUAGACAAAUGUCGUGCGGGACUAACACAGAGACUCCAGCCCGAAACACUGAUGUGCUCUGAGGUCAGGUAUGUAACUUUGCCAUUCAUGUUUAAGUUUGAAGUUAGCAGUGAUGACCAGAUGAUGGACACUGGUUGCUAGAAAACAAAAAUGGUGGAAGGCAGCAGAUCACAGGACUUGAGAAGGAUUAAGAACAUGGAUGAAUUUAUGAGCGGAAUGUUUAAUUAACGCAGAUUCAGCAAAAGACUUUUCCUGUAAACGAACUGUGUCCUCAAAGCCUGAAAUCAUGCAACAAUGGUGCUCCUGAUACCUUCACAUUUCAUUUUAUCACAACCCAGGAGCCAACGUCCGUCAAGAACAUGAUCCUAUUUUUACAUUUUGUGUUGUAUUAACAUCCAGUCUUCUAAAAUAAGUACAUGUGUCAGGGAUCAGCAGUGUACGUCUGUGCUUCUGAUGACAAACUGUAACCGGAGUGCCUUUAAAAGCCCCGUGGACUGAUCAUACAAAGUCUGACUCCAUGUUGUUCAGUUGGGUUGUAGUCUAGAUGUUGACCUGCAGGGGGCAGAUAUGAGCUGUUCACAAACAUUUCUGCUCCUGGCACCGCAAACCUUAAAACAUCACCUGCAUGUAGACAUCAGGAGGACUGUAGAAUAAUCCAGUCACAAUUAGAGAGAAUUACAACCCAGUUAAAACGAUUGUUCCACUUCCUGGUCAAUACCGACAAAAAAUGAACUUAAACUCUUUAUUUAUGCAAAACUCUGACAUGAUGUCACACUGAAGUUUAUAUAAUUUGGUGCAAUAAUACAAUUAAGGUGAGAAAAUCCAUCUGAUGCAAUGAAACAGUUGUAUGAAGUUGAACAAAUCUCCAUGUACCACACACAGCUAUUAAAUUUUGUCUUUUUUAAUUAAAAACGUAGUAGGUUUGUUCAAGAAAUGUACAGCAUGAAAAUAUACAUUUAAUGUCUUCAUACAAAUAUUGCAGAUUAUAAAAUUACACUGAGGAACCAGAACAAACAUCCACACAAACAUUAAUAUACAGGCAUCGUAUCUGUGGGAACAAAAUAUAAUGUGCGACAUUGCUUUGGUCUAUUCACAGUGGCUAUGUUUUUAUUUUCUGAGAUGGACAGGCAUCUCUGGAAGAAAACUCAAUGAUUGGUCAGGAUUAUUUACAGAGGAUGAGAAUUCAAUCAGCAGUAGAAGAGGAACAAAACAUGUCUUGUUCUCUUGUACAGGAAGUAGAUACACAUGAAACAGGUGCUAUACUGGAAAGGAUGGUGGAAAAACAGUUACGCCAUGGUCAGGAGUUUCCACCAAAACACCUUCAUUCAGUGCAUGAUUCCCCUUCAGUGAUGUAAAAAAACUCUAGUAAUCAAAGUUUGAUCACCUCUUAUCAGAAGAGCCGUCGUGGGUGUGCUUUAGUGCUGUGACACUCUUAAUCCAGUAGUGGCUCACAGCUCAUUAGGUGUUAUGUAUUACUAUGAAUGAAUUCAAACAGUGGGAAUGGGUGAUGUAAGGAUGUGCUGGCUGUCAUGAGACAAGUGAAAUCUGGCAGCUGUCACAGGUUUAGUUUUUGCCAUCUGGGUGCAGGAAGUGAGUGUGAAUCAAUGAGCAGAAUUUCUUUAUGUUAAUCAGUAUAUAAAACACUGAUUCUUUGCUCUGGAGGACUCUUAACACUGUUCAUCACACCUUUAAAGUGUCUGUUACAUUUGACCUUUAUUAAAACAGAUACAGCUCCUGCGAUAUUAAUAUUUUCAGCCCUAGUGUAAGAAUAAAAGAUGGCUGAAUUCCAUGUAGUUGCUUCGGUUUCGUGCGGCUCGGGUUUUUGACAGCCACGGUGUAGACCUUCUCCACAGCAGACGUGUGAAACCAGUUCCGUUAAUGACACCUCAGUUCAUUAAGUGUCCCAGUAAGACCAUGACAGCCAAUAUGCACAAUACCAGGAUGCUGGGACUGGGUCUUUCCUGGUGAUGGAAUGAGGUUGUUACACUGUUUUUUUUCUGCUAUGACUUUCCAAAACAUCUGCUGUGAAAAAGGUUGGACAUUUACAAUAGCAUGAUAUACAGUACAUCAACACUGCAGUACAUUAUUACUGUACAUACUGAUGGAACAUCUCUCCCGCUCUUACACUACAGGAAAAGUGCUCUUCAGAUGUCAGAGAAAAGCUGACACAUGCACUGGAUGUAAGGUGUUUGUUCCAGAUGUUACUGUGUUUAAUGACAUUAGACUGUACAGAUGUUCAUGAUAUUUCCACCAUUUAGGUUAAAGUGUCCAGGAUAUGAGAGGCUUUGCUUCCCUCAAGCUGGACUUAUUAUUGGAGUCCACAAAUUGUCUGCUCACAGUUAUAAAAACAACUCCUUUGUGCCAUAUGUGGUUGGAAAAUUAGAUUCUUUGUUGUUGUUGUUUGAAGAAGGAGACAUAUUUUGGAAACAUCUACUGUUUGCUUGUUGCUCAUGAUGUAAUUUCCUUAAAGCCUCGAGUGGUUCUGAGAAAAGACAACACAGUUCUCUCCACAUCACCCAGAGUGCAGCCACCGUCGUUAGCGCCUCUGAUUCACUCACUCUUAUCAUGACAUGCUGAAUGUGUGGUAUCCCACGUGUACUGUCAGCUGACAGCAGCGUGGGCUCCAACCAAAUUAACUGCGCUAAUGAGAGCUGACUUGCGAACACAGAGUGGGCGUGUAGUGCUGAAACCGGUGGGGAAGGUAGAGUCAUCACCAGCACAGGAGGACAGUUAAAGGUUGGGAGAAGUUACUCAUACACAACAAACUCUCCCACAAAUGCCUAAAACUAGGAGAGAGGACCAGGGAUGUCUAGUUAGUUACUGCAAACACUAACGCAGACAUUAAUGGAGGGGCAGAGGACUGAGGUGGCCUACUAACGACUAAUUGAGGUCAUUGGCUUUCAAGUGGGAGUCCUGGGAGAACGGACCAAUGAGGCUGGAGUAAAGUGUGGCUGAUUUUACACUGCAGAUGUUUGUUUUUUUUACAUUUGUGAUGCCAAUCUGUAAUCUUAGAGAGAAUGUGCUUCCAUCAAGACAGCACAGAUGAGAUCAGAUGAGAAAAAAACCCUUUAGCUGACAGUAGUGCAAAUCAAAAGAUGGAGAGACACGAGGGUCAAAUUUCCGUGGCGGCGAUCUCAUCGAAGUUGAUCUCGUUACCGCUGCCCUCGUCCUCCUCUCUGCUCUCCAGUUCCUGACUGAGCUCCUGCAGGAGCUGCUCCAGCUCUCGGUUCCUGCGAUACAUCUGCACAUAGUUCUGCUGCAGCUGUUUCUGGUAGCGGAUAACUUUGUCCUUCUCCUCCUGCCAUAUCCUGCGCUCCUCCUCGAAGCACCCCGUUUGCUGCUCGGCCCGCUGGCGCUCGAAGGCCAGCUCCGCCCUCAUCCUGUCCAUCUGCACCUUCAUGUUCUGCAGGGCCUCCGUGCUGCCCUGCCUCUGGGCCUUCGCCUCAUCGCUCUCAUAAGCAAGCAGGUGCUCCUCUGCUUCCUGGAACACCUGACACUGUCUGUUUCCUGGGCCCUGAUUGGCCAGAGCAUCUCUGAGCUGAGCCAACUCUGCCUCGAGGCGUCCCACCUUUUCUCGGAGCAGCUCCGCUUCGCUCUUGCGGCGCUGGAGCUCGUUCUCACAGACCUCCAGCUCCAGGGUCCGUGUGCGGGUUGUGCCGUGGGCCUCCUGCAGCAGGACCUGGG